GGGUAAACUGGGCAGGAGGGACAGUCACAGUCCUGGGGUGGGUGUUUGCAACCAGGCAGCUGUGAGCCCCCUCACUGUGCACAGAUUCAGGCUGGAGGUUGACCUUCCAGAGGCUAACAGUGCUCUCUCACCAGAGGAAAUAGCCAUGGAGCACGUCCUCCAGCCUGCAAGGAUGAAAUACCUUCAAGGCCCCCACAUAAAGCGAGGCCCAGGCAGGGCCUAUGGCCCCUUGGCUCUUGAGGUAGAAUUGGUGUCUGCCUCCCAUUUGGAGAAAGAGGAACCAAAUGAAGACGAGAAGGAGGAGGAGAAACAGGAUCCAGAUCUUGCCUCAGACCUUGAGGAGGAGGAGGAAGUGGAGGAGGAGGAAGGAGAGAAUGACCUUGGAGAUCCAGCUGUCCUCAGCGCUGUCCAUAACAUCCAGAAAGGUCUUCUCAGCUCCCCUGGAAUCAAGGCCUCUGGUGUCCUGGGGAUGUCACCUGCCUCCUUGCACUUUCAGUGGCAGACUCCGGACUACCUGGUGCCACUUCCCUUCCGGCCUGCCUUUCCCAGUGCCAGCUCUCCCACCAAGUACUUUGGACCUCCACUGCCCUCGCCAGACCCACCUUUCCUCGGCAGCCCAUCGACCUCGUGGCCCCUUAGGCUCAGUCUUCCCAGUCAUCUGACCCAGCUCCACCCUCAGCACCAGCGGAUCUUGAAGCAGCAGCAAUCUAGUCAACCACCAAGUUCCCCAGCCAAGGAGCCUUGGUCUCAGCAGCCAGACCCUUAUGCUAACCUCAUGAGCCAAAAAGAGAAGGACUGGGUGGUAAAAGUGCAGAUGGUUCAGCUGCAGAGUGAGAACCCCCGCCUGGAUGACUAUUACUACCAGGAAUAUUAUCAGAAACUAGAGAAGAAGCAGGCAGAGGAAGAGCGGUUUGGGCGGAAGACCAAGGUUGAGUCCCUCAAGCUGGUCACACCUUAUAUUCAGAAGGCUGAAACCUAUGAGUCAGUGGUUCGAAUCAAGGGUUCCCUGGGUCAGGUAGCUGUUUCGACGUGUUUCAGCCCUCGCCGAGCUAUUGAUGCUGUGCCCCACGGAACUCAAGAGCAGGAGACAGGAGCCGCAGGAAGUCAGAGGCUUCAGGUGUUGUACCGGAUUGAGAAGAUGUUCCUUCAGUUACUAGAGAUAGAAGAGGGCCAGAAGGAUGUGACUUCACAGCCCUGUGACCCUGAGCAGCAGAGCAACCAGGCUGAGAAGCUCUUCCAGGCCUUAAAGACCCACGAGCAGAAUAAUCUGGAGGAAGCAGCAGAUGGCUUCCUCCAGGUGCUCUCCAUCAGGAAAGGCAAAGCCCUAGUGGCCCGGCUGCUCCCCUUCCUGCCCCAAGAUCGAGCUGUCAGCCUUCUUCUGACCAUCACCCGCCAUCUGCCCUUCCUGGUCAGGAGGGAUGUGGCUGAUCAGGCCUUGCAACUGUUAUUCAACCCUCUGAGCAAAUGUAUCAGUCACUUGACAUUCCACGAACUCCUCCAAGGACUUCAGGGCCUCAUGGAGCUACCACCUGGCUGCUCAGAGCGGCCGGUCACUGUGGUGCUUCAGAAUCAGUUUGGAAUAUCUUUGCUCUACACCCUGCUGAGUCAUGGGGAGCAGCUGGUAUCCCUGGAUUCUUCCUUAGAGGAACCCAACAGUGGCCAUACAGCUUGGACAGACAUGGUGGUUCUCACUGCCUGGGAGAUAGCCCAGAUGCCCACAGCCUCUCUGGCAGAACCCCUGGCUUUCUCCAGCAACCUCCUUCCCCUGUUCUGUCACCACGUGGACAAACAGUUGGUCCAGCAGCUGGAAGCUAGGAUGAAGUUUGCCUUGACCUACUGAUGAGAUUGUUCUGGAAUAUAUAUAUGUGGGAAGAGUUUAAUCAUUGGACACUAGCUAUGUAGGGGUUAUGCCAGCAGGGAUCCAGAGAGUCUGAGGACAGUUCUGUCUUGAUGUAUUGGAGGACUCUGCCCAAAGCAGUAUCUCAUGCCUUUCUUCAAAAAUCUGAACUAUGUGCCUAAAAUGGCAUGGCAAAAUGAGGUAUAAUUAAAACAAUAAUAGAAUGAUGUG